AUCUAGCUUUAUUGAUCAUGGAGGUCCUUUCAAUGAGUCCGGGUGAAGGGAGCGCGAGGAACGCAACUAUGCUGCUCUCCACAUCGCCGACCACAAGCAAUGAGAGCGGUGCGUCAGACUCGGACUCGGAAUCCACGUCCUCGUCGUCGAUCCUGGACGAAGAGGAGGCCGAUUUUGACUUCGAUGCGCAGAGCAGCGCGUUCACGCAGCUCACAAGUCCGUCCUCUUUGGGCUCGGCAUUGGCGGCUCUCCAGGCUGGAGGCAGCGUGGGACGGAGCCAAGGCGCUUCUCGGAGGCCAGUCGCGGUCGACGAAGAGCAGGAGACACCGCUCCGUCGGCAGAUUCGUGCCGCGUACGAGAUGGGGCUCAGCCUGACGAGAGAAGCGCUCUUACUCGACCUUGACCAAGAAUCAUCGUCUUCUCUUUCAUCUCCCGACUCGCCUUACAGUGCGCAAUUGAGCGGCAAAAGCCCAUCCCGUUCACAUUGGCCAAGCCUUAAGCAAGUCCCCGAGCCGACACGGAUCUUCGCGUGUGCAAACUGCGGCGCUGCUCUAGCUCUACAGGAUGAGCUCAUCUCCAAGGCAUUUUCGGGCCGAGAUGGCAAGGCGUAUCUGUUCUUCAGCGUCUUCAACACCCAGACAGGCCCAAAGGAAGAUCGACAACUUCUGACGGGUUUGCACACCGUCGCAGAUCUCGCCUGCGCUGGCUGCAAGCGGAGUGUCGGCUGGUACUAUCUUCGAGCAUAUCAGGCUGCUCAAAGAUACAAAGAAGGCAAAUUCAUUCUUGAGCGAGCGGCUCUGCAGAAGAUCAACAACUGGUCUCUUUAGCUCGUCUCCAUUUCGUCUUGCCUUUGUAGCACCUCUGCUUCUCUCCUUAUUUUGUACUCUUUCGUUUGCUGUAUUCCAAGGUCUGACCUGCAAUCAUAUCAUCGUCUC